CUCUAUGUGAUGUCAUUCUUAUGGUUCAAGAAAGAAAGAUCCCAGCUCACCGUGUCGUGCUUGCUUCAGCCAGUCAUUUUUUUAACUUGAUGUUUACUACAAAUAUGCUUGAAUCAAAGUCCUUUGAAGUGGAGUUAAAAGAUGCAGAACCUGACAUUAUUGAACAGCUUGUGGAGUUUGCUUAUACUGCAAGAAUCUCAGUUAACAGCAAUAAUGUCCAGUCUUUACUAGAUGCAGCAAACCAAUAUCAGAUUGAACCUGUGAAAAAAAUGUGUGUGGACUUUUUGAAAGAACAAGUUGAUGCUUCAAAUUGUCUUGGUAUAAGUGUGUUAGCAGAAUGCCUAGACUGUCCAGAACUGAAAGCCACUGCAGAUGACUUUAUCCAUCAGCAUUUCACUGAAGUUUACAAGACCGAUGAGUUUCUUCAGCUUGAUGUUAAGCGUGUGACACAUCUCUUGAACCAAGAUACGUUGACAGUGAGGGCAGAAGACCAGGUUUACGAUGCAGCAGUCAGAUGGCUGAAGUAUGAUGAGCCAAAUCGCCAGCUGUACAUGGUUGAUAUUCUUGCUAAAGUCCGAUUUCCUCUUAUAUCAAAGAACUUCUUAAGUAAAACAGUUCAGGCUGAACCACUUAUUCAGGAUAACCCAGAAUGCCUUAAAAUGGUGAUCAGUGGGAUGCGAUACCAUCUACUUUCUCCAGAAGACAGAGAAGAGUUGGUGGAAGGUACGCGGCCAAGAAGAAAAAAACACGAUUAUCGCAUUGCUUUGUUUGGAGGCUCACAGCCCCAGUCCUGCAGAUAUUUUAAUCCAAAGGAUUACAGCUGGACAGACAUCCGAUGUCCCUUUGAAAAGCGCAGGGAUGCAGCUUGUGUCUUCUGGGACAACGUAGUUUAUAUUUUGGGUGGUUCCCAGCUCUUCCCUAUAAAGCGAAUGGACUGCUACAAUGUGGUGAAGGAUAGCUGGUAUUCCAAGCUAGGACCUCCAACACCUCGAGAUAGCCUUGCAGCCUGUGCUGCUGAGGGCAAAAUUUAUACAUCUGGUGGUUCAGAAGUGGGAAAUUCUGCACUGUAUUUAUUUGAAUGCUAUGACACAAGAACAGAAAGCUGGCACACCAAGCCCAGCAUGCUGACCCAGCGAUGCAGCCAUGGGAUGGUAGAGGCAAAUGGUCUCAUUUAUGUUUGUGGAGGAAGCUUGGGAAACAAUGUUUCUGGAAGAGUCCUAAAUUCCUGUGAAGUUUAUGAUCCAGCCACCGAAACGUGGACUGAGCUGUGUCCAAUGAUUGAAGCCAGGAAGAAUCAUGGGCUGGUGUUUGUAAAGGACAAAAUAUUUGCUGUGGGUGGACAAAAUGGCUUAGGUGGCCUUGAUAAUGUAGAAUAUUACGAUAUCAAGAUGAAUGAAUGGAAGAUGGUGUCUCCAAUGCCAUGGAAAGGUGUAACAGUGAAGUGUGCUGCUGUGGGAUCUAUAGUCUAUGUCCUGGCUGGUUUUCAGGGUGUUGGUCGAUUAGGGCACAUUCUUGAAUAUAAUACUGAAACAGACAAGUGGAUAGCCAACUCCAAAGUCCGUGCUUUCCCAGUGACAAGUUGCUUAAUCUGUGUUGUAGACACUUGUGGGGCAAAUGAAGAAACUUUAGAGACCUGAAGACCUGUCUUCAUUCUUCAAGGACUUGGGGAAAGAUGGCUAUUGGUGCUUUGCUUCCAUGUUUUACUGAAUCUUGUUAAAUGGAGUAAUAGGAGAGAGAGACAUGCAGUCUUUCAAUUUGUAUAUACAGCAUAUUGUAUAACAUGGAUUUUGUCAGGCCCAUUUUCUUGUCUGUUUUAAGAGAUGGGGAUGUGUUUUGAGAAUCCACUUAUCUAGCUGACUGAGAUCACAUGGCAUCUUCCCUUAAAAGGACUCUGUGUGUGGCCUUGUC